CUGGAUUUGAAGCGGCUGGACAAGAUCCCUCACUACUUUCGCUUGGACCAAAGCAUUGUCAAGUUCUACGCAGAGCACACUACAUGAGACUGGGCCAGUCGAAUCUUUGAAUAACUAAAGUAUUUAGGGGUUAAGAGAGCGAGAGGCAAGGGAAGCAGCAAAAAAGCUGAAGAGGUAAAUGGCCGCCAGUGCUACCAAUGCUUUCAAUGGCACUGCCUGGCGGAGCGUCCGCUCGAGCAUUCGCUACUGGGCCGCGGAGCACCCGCCGGUUGCCAGAUUCCGAUGGGACUUCAACACCUUCGGUGCGUCGUGGACGUUCCUGGUCGCCUCCGUGCCGCUCUACCUCUCGCUCGUCCUGCUGCUCAGGCUCCUGCUCAGCUUCCGCAAGAGGCCGGUUCCAUUGGGUCCGGUGCCAGUGCUGCACAACAUCGUUCUCGUGGUGGGAUCUGCGGCCAUGUUUAUCGGCUGCCUCCAAGCUACGGUGAUUGAGAUCCAGGAGAACAGGUGGCUGUGGAACAAGAAGAAGGGGCUCAACUGGCUACUGUGCUUCCCGCUGGGGACGAGAUCCGUGGGGAGGGUCUUCUUCUGGUCCUACGUUUACUACCUCAGCAAGUUCUACGAGCUGCUCGACACCGCUAUCCUCAUCCUCCGCAAGAAGCCGCUGACGUUCCUCCACGUCUUCCACCACUCGACCGUGAUCGUGAUGUGCUUCUUUUGGCUCCAGUUCACGCAGUCGCUCCAGGUGAUCGCGCUGCUCACCAACACCGGCGUUCACGUCGCCAUGUACACGUACUACUUGCUGUGCAGCCUCGGGCUCCACCCGCCGUGGAAGAAGAUGGUGACCAACUUGCAGAUCUAUCAGUUCCUCUUCAGCUUCGUGGUGUCGCUGGCGAUGAUGGUGCUCCAUUUGGGGGGCGAGGGCUGUGCUGGGAUCGGGGCUUGGUCCUUCAACUUUGGUUUCAACAUCAUCCUGCUCAUGCUCUUCGCGAAUUUCCACUCGCAGCAGUACGGGAAUGCCAACGGCCAGGGAAAGAAGAAGAGGAUGUAGCAGCAAGUAAGCCAUCUCUUUCCUUUCACUAUAGCUCAGUAGCUCUGUAGAGUUACGCUCUCGCUCUCUCUCUCUCUCUCUCUCUUCUUCUCUAGCUAUUCUUCCAGCUCCAUCGUUCCUUUUUGUUCUUCGCUUUUUCUCUUGGAAAAGAGCGAUGAUCUCUUCUUGAAGUUGGAUGAUUUACGCAA